AUUCCACCCGCGUCCUCCUCUGCCUCUCCGCACCUCUCGCCGCUCCGCGCCUCCUCCUCCUCCUCCUCCCUCCUCCCCCCCACUCGCGGUCGCCUCUCCCGAUAGAUCUGGUGCCAGGGUUCGCGGCGCCGGCGGACGGGGGAGCGGAGACGCACGGGGGGAGGGGUCGCCGUAGGGGAGGAUGGGGAACCCGCGUGGCGGCGUCGACGAGCAGAUCGAGCAGCUCCUGCAGUGCAAGCCCCUCGUCGAGCCCGAGCUGAAAGCACUAUGUGAGAAAGCUAAAGAGAUUUUGAUGGAGGAAAGCAAUGUUCAGCCUGUGAGAAGCCCUGUGACGAUAUGUGGUGAUAUUCAUGGUCAGUUUCAUGAUCUUGCAGAACUAUUCCGAAUUGGUGGGAAGUGUCCGGAUACAAACUACCUAUUCAUGGGAGAUUAUGUGGACCGUGGUUACUAUUCUGUUGAAACUGUAUCGCUUCUGGUGGCUUUGAAAGUUCGUUAUCCACAUCGAAUUACAAUUCUUAGAGGAAACCAUGAGAGCCGGCAGAUCACUCAAGUUUAUGGAUUUUAUGACGAGUGCCUACGGAAGUAUGGAAGUGCUAAUGUAUGGAAAACCUUCACGGAUCUUUUUGACUAUUUACCGUUGACAGCAUUGGUUGAGUCGGAAAUAUUUUGCCUGCAUGGUGGACUGUCACCAUCCAUCGAGACACUAGAUAACGUCCGUAGCUUCGACCGUGUCCAAGAAGUCCCUCACGAGGGGCCCAUGUGUGACCUUCUAUGGUCUGAUCCUGAUGAUCGAUGUGGUUGGGGCAUUUCACCACGUGGUGCUGGAUACACAUUUGGCCAGGAUAUUUCAGAACAGUUUAACCAUACCAAUAGCCUUAAGCUAAUAGCAAGAGCUCAUCAGUUAGUUAUGGAGGGUUUCAACUGGGCACAUGAGCAAAAGGUCGUGACAAUAUUUAGUGCACCUAACUACUGUUACCGCUGCGGUAACAUGGCCUCGAUCUUGGAGGUGGAUGACUGCAGGGAGCAUACUUUCAUCCAGUUUGAACCUGCCCCGAGGAGAGGGGAACCUGACGUGACCCGAAGGACGCCUGACUAUUUCUUGUAAAUGUAGCCUAGGCUAUUCGUUUUCUGUUUCUUAUUUUACGGGAUAGCUUAGGUUAUUCCGACAGCAAACAAAAAAAGCGCGUGAUAGCUUAGAUGCGUCGUCGUGUCGUGUGGUUAUAAUUUUUGUUGUUUGUGUCUCGCUCCAUUUUGCUUCACUCCUUUUGUUGUAAUCUAAUCUGCUCAUGCCGGGCUGAGUCAGGGGUGUGAAACUGUGAAUGUGAUGGAUGAUGCUGGUAAAUCAAAGGCCUCGCGCAGUAGUAAUUUUGUUGGCUCUCAA